AAUCUCAGUAAGCCAAUAACAAGUAUAUCUGAUUUCCAUCAAAGAAAUCAACAAAUAUGAGUUAUUUUUAGUUAAUAACAAAUUUAUUCAGGCCAAAUUUAUUUAGACCAAAUAUUAUUCAUUCCAUGCAAAUAAAUGAUUAUUAGAAAUAUUUAAUUCAAAGUAUAUAUUUCAGUGAAAUAUACAUUCGUUAAUAGUUAACAUAUUUAUUUGUCUACUCCACUCAUUCUUUAUACUUGUCGAAUCUUGUCUUUCGCUAUCGACCAAUAGGACGAAUCGCGGCGCCCUGCAUGACCGUAUUUGCGCAGGUCUGAAGGGUCCGCAGUGCGUACUGCGUACUCCACAGGAGAAGAGUUCAGUACACAUACUUUCUUUUCGUAGUUCGAAGUAGUAUUACUAUUAUUUAUUAUAGACUAAGAUCAGAAUAUCUAUAUCACGCAAUCAUAAUAUUUAUAUGUAUUAGUUGUGACUGUGAAUCUGAAGAUAUCAAGGCAUAAGUAUACCGAAUAUGGAAAACUUUUUGGAGGAAGGAGGAUUGAUGCAUCUUAAAGAAUCUCUGGAGGAAAAUGGAAUAGAUUCAAUUGACCUAAUAACACAACUUGUACAGGAUAAAUCGUUCGAAGAGACAGUGCCUCGAUUGGGAGAUCGAUUGAAGAUAAAAAGGAAACUAUCCCUUUCUCAAAAGACUUGUUAUGAUGAGGUAACAGACCAAAUUUCUACGAAGAAAAUCAUAAUAGACGUUCCGGAUAUCCAUGCAACCCCAUCUGAAGUACAGUCGUUACGCAGUACUUCCUCGAUUGAUUUGGAUUUCACAUAUACACCGAUUGUAUAA